UAUUACUGUAGGCAGAUGUGGGUUCGAUCCUAAACUUUCACUAAAACUCAGUAACAUCUUUACAGCGUUGGCAUAAAGAAUUGAGAGCUUUAAAUUUUGAUGUGUCAAAAGAUUUCCCGCAAAAUCGGAUYAUUAUUGACCAACUAUGAAGACUGGCAUCUCUCUGCACCUGUUUCUUCUGCUUUUUUCUCCUCUUGCUGCUAUAACUGUGCCUGUUAAUUACGAGACAAACUGCAUGGUAUCUUCAAACCAGAGACUCGAUUCGUCCGCAAAUCAUUCACUCGUUCUUUUAGAGGAGCGUUUGGUUGCAAACCAACUGAUGUGUGCUCAUUGGUGCAUUCGAACUUCACUUUGCUUGUCGUUCAAUUUAGAAAAAGACUCGUCCCAGUUAAAUAAAGGAAAACGAAGGUGUGAAAUACUCGCGAGCAACAAGAUACAGCGACCAGAUCUUCUCGAAGAGGACAUCGAUUUUGAUCAUUAUAGUUUAUUUGGUAAUCCAUGUAAGGAGAAUCCCUGUCAACAUGAAGGAGUCUGUGUGCCAGAUUACAGUUUACAAGACUAUAAAUGCACAUGUAAACCAGGAUAUACUGGGAAAGAUUGCCAGAGAGAUAUCAACGAGUGUACUGGCUCUCAUGGUUGCCAUCCAACUCACGGAUAUUGCGUUAAUACUGUAGGAUCGUACAACUGUUACUGCAGAAGUGGUUAUGUGGGAGAUGGAAGAUCAUGCACUGUUAGGGAAUGCGUCCACUACAAUACACUCACAGAACGUAGCCGUAAUAUCAACUACGGCUUGGUCGGAAGUAAAUGUGACGACACGGGAAUCCUAAGAGCAGGAGACUGGUACAGAUUCACGGGUUCUGCGGGAUCGCGCAUGCUCGAUAGGUGUCCCACGACUAAAUGUGACACUGCCUUCCAAGGCUGGCUAUCAGGAGGACAACCUGGUUACGGUCAAGUUAAGGUGUCUCGUGCGUUGUGUUGGCAAGGAAACAACAUCUGCUGCAACUGGCCUUCGACAAUCAGGGUUACACAUUGUAUAUCUUUCAUUGUGUAUGAACUGAAGCCAGUUAGUGGUUGUCACCUUCGCUAUUGUGGAUUUUAAGAGGGGCCAGGGUGGAUGGAUUAACAGUUAACUGACAAUUGAUCUAAAAAUUAGUAUAGUUAACUUAAAUUCGGGUUGUCCCAAACCACACCCCUUUUUGGACUUGGCUUGAUAAAUAAUAUAAUAAUAAUAAAAUAAUUGCUUGUUUAUAUAGCGCAAAUAUCUAGAAAAGUACUCAAAUGCGCUUGAUACUACUGGUCAUCGCUUUAUACCUUUUUUUUGAUCUUAGGAUCUAAUGCCUACUGUUUUGCCAACUUGCCAACGCUUGUUGUCGGUAGGGGAUAUGAAUUGGAAUUUUUGUGCUUUUAUUUUAUCAGGCUAAAAUACGAAAAAUCACGUUUCUAACUCAAAAAUUAUGCUUCAUAUUCCAUUCUAAAAGGAAAUCACGUUGUUAGACAUUGAACACAUUACAUUUUUCAGUAUGCUACUCAGCUCGGUCUCAAAUUUUAGAUUUCACAACGUUUUUUUUUUGAAAUAGGUCAGUAGUUGUUGACCAGUUGUGGAAGUCACAAUGAGGGAUUUGGCACCUUUUUUUGGGAUUUAGAAAUGAAAAAAACAAAGGUGUGUUAUACGUUAAGAGUGGUAUGAAAAAGUGCUUUAACAAAGAUACUCAGCUCAAAGUAUAAUUAAGGAUGCAUUUUCCGCCCAGCCAGUUGUUUUUCCAUCCAUGAUCCUCUUAACCACUACUAUUCAUACAAAAAAGAAUACCAAAACUGGAGUCUAGUACUGAUUCGAUUACCAUGUGAAUCAAAACCCUCUUAUGAAACCCCAUCUGCGUCCUUAUCUCCUUAUGACCCGCCCAUCAAAGUAUUGUACGACUGCAGAGCUUUUAUAUUCCGGGAAAUAAGUACCAUAAUGCUUUCAAUUGCUCUAGAAAGACCGCCACAGGGCAUCUGUAUCUUGUAUUAUCACGCUAGCUCUUUAUGUUUCUUAUAGCUUAAAGGCGGCAAAAUGUUCAAAUAUCGAUCUCAAUAUAGUCAACUCUAUCAUUUUGCUUAAGACUGUUUCGCCUGUUUCUAUAUAAUGGAAGUUGCUAAUAGAAUAGCCGACGAAAAA